AUGGCAGGGGAUGUUGCUCAAUUUCUCCGGAAUAAGUUCCUGGCAUCUCUUAGCGAGACAGAGUCUGAAUUAUCAGGUGCUGUUCUCAUUUCUGAUUUGGGAGCAAUCAAAGAUAUUGUAAUAGCUAUAGAUACUCGAAGACUUACGGGAGAUUACUACUGUCUCUUUAUCUCUGUGCUCCUGGACCUCAUCGACGCAUUGACCAAGUGCCAGGUCUUCUCACAUGAGUGGAAGAAGCAUAGUCAUCACAGGACUCAUUUAGUAGUCUUCAACCAUUUGAGUUUGAGGAAGAUUUGUUUCGUGCGGAAGAUGAAGAAGCGGCUGGCUGCAAUAAAACGCAUCUUCGAGGCUGAGUUUAUGAAAAAGGAAGAAAUAAUUUAUAACUUGAGGGAAUCAUCAAGUCGUCCUGAUGAUCCUGAAGAGAAUUCAGAGAUCGAACUACCUGUAGUGGAGGCUGAAGUUGUGGGAUUUGAUGAGCAAUUACUGAAGAUUGGGAACUUUCUUUUAAAAUCAUCGCCGUCAUCAGGUGCUGGAUUUGCGGCAGUUGGGAUAGUGGGCAUGGCAGGCGUGGGUAAGACCACUCUGGUGCGCGAGGUUUUGAGUUGGUGGAUGGUGCUAGGAAAAUUUUCUCCUAUAAUUUGGUUAUGCUUGUCGAAUAUAAUCAAAGAAAAUAAACAAGUAGAAGAAGAAAUUGAGGUCAGCAUUGUGAAAUGUAUGCUUAGUAAGUUGGACCAUGAUGCCGUUGCCGACGGAGAUGCCAUCAUCCAGGAGGAGGAGAAGACAAUAAGUAGUAAUAAUUCUGGUCAUCUCCUUGCUGCGCUCUCGGAAAGGCUCAGCCAACAUUUAUCAGGUAAAAGUUAUUUGAUUGUGUUGGAUGAUGUGUGGCACAUGAACGAUUUCUACUCGGAUUUAGGACAAGUACUUGAGGUUCAGGAAGGUGAUAAGAAAGUUGGGGAUCGCUUAUCGCACGGAUUGCCUAAGGGUAGUGGUGGUGCCAUCAUCGUCACUAGUAGGAUACCGGAAGUGGUUGAAACUAUGGUGGUACCGGCGCAGGGGUCAGAUAAACAUUAUAAGAGUUUGAUUAUUUCUCUUGAGCCUUUGGACAGAGAAAGCUGCUGGAAUAUAUAUCAGGACACUGCUUUUGGUUAUCAACAACAUUUGGAAAAGGUUCAGAAUGAAAUUAAGGAUCUAUGUUAUGGUCUACCAUUGGCCGCUAGGACACUCGCAGAAAUCAUGUCCCAAAACUCCCAAAAUUUUGAGAGGACUUCUCCGCCCCACCACAAAUCUGAGGACUUACCUUAUUCCUUCCAUAUAAAAAAAUCCCCAGUGUUGGUGUUUAUUGAUAUGUCCAAUAGACAACAAGGAGAAGAACUUAUUGGGAAAUUUUGCGACCUCCUUACUAAAGAGCAGGUUUUUGGUGCCCUACUGAAAAAAGCAAAGACGUAUAAUAAUCCUGAGACGGUGCUAAAGGAUGUUUAUGGUACUCUAGAAAAGCUUAAGCAAAAUGGUUAUUAUGAUUUUGCUUCUGAAAUUCAAAAGAAGAUGAGAAUUAUAGUUGUUGGCCAGGAUGAGUUUGUAAAUUGGAUUUUGGGAGUUAUCUGUGAUCUUAAAUUGCCAGAGUCACCCUCCAUUGCUCCGGUACCACCACCGACUUUAACAGAAAAUCCGCUCUGGAUCCUCGACACCUACCAAUAUGGAAUCGCUGCUUCGUUUGGAUGGAAGGACAUUUUGAAUAUAUUACCGCUGCGAUUGUUCCUUGUUUACGUAGCACUGGUAAAAUCGUGGAGAAUUGACAGCUGGCUUUGUUUCAUUAAGAUGAAACACACUCAAUCUUCUACAAGUCAACAAGAAAAACCAUGUUCUUCUUUUAUGGACCGAUUACCACAUUAUUUGCAUGAGGUUGGAGAUGUGGGAAAAGCGGAUAAUCCAACAUUAUACGGACGAUUUUGGUACUACUUCAGGUUGUCUGUCCACAACGAUGAGCCUUCAAGCGAUGACCUAAACUUAUUUGCAAUAGUAAAGGUGUUGAAUCAUCUUGGUCAAUGGGAAAUGCUUCACAUUCCUGAAAGGAUUUACUCUCAAGGACAUAAUAAUAAUAAUAAUAAAAAGUUCGGUGCAGCAAGCACGUUCAAAGUCCCCCAUGAUGAUAACUCUUCUAAAGGAGAUAAUGAGUCUGAAGAAGCAAGUACUUAUGAAGAUUACUCUGAAGCAGAUGAUGAGUCUCAAGAAGCAAGGUCUUCCAGAAUCCCCUAUGAUGAUGGUAACACUUCUGAAGAUGACUCUUGA